AUGAGAGCUGUUACCAUUUUCUUUUCUCUUCUUUUACUUUUCACGUUUGGAUGUGAAGCACAGAAUCAUGGAAGAAGAGACUUCGUUCAGGGCCACAAAAUCCGGUCUUCUGAGUCUGACUCCCACGAGUUCCAUCCAAAUCAUCAAAAAACAAGCACAAUUCACUUCCAUCGUUCAUCCGAGGAUACACACAGUCGUGAACACUUCAGACAAAGACAAAACUGA